UGAUGAAGUGCUGCUGAUUCAUGAAGCGGCCCACGGAGGAGGGGGAGCAGAAGCUGAUGCCUUAUCCUCGGAUUUGUCUGCACUUUCUCUUUCUACACCAAAAGCCGCACCCCCGGCCGCGGCAGCAGGUCCUUCUACUAGGCAACGACGAGCUCCGGUAGAUCGGAGAUCUUCGCAAGAUGGAAUGCAAGACGACACUUUUCCAAUUGGUGCGUCGUUUCGUCGUCGCAGUACUUCUACUACCGCGCGAGCUGCUGCAACUGCCCAAGUGAGAGAACCAGCUCCGCAGCAGCACAGAAUGGAGACGACCAGUAGAGCAGGUGGCUCUAGUACACAGCGGGUAGUUGCUGGUGCACGUCAUACCACUGCAAGAACAGAAGCUUCGCAGCUGCGACCUUCGGACGACGUCGAGAUGAUUUCCAUGAGCGAAGCAGGAGAUCAGGAACAUCGCCAGGAGUUCUCGACGUCCCACCUUCUCUCCUCGAGUGGUACUUCUGACAGCAUGAUGGCAACGGCAAAGAAACACGCGCGUCGCAUGCUUCGGUUUGACACACAGAGACAAAAAACUUUCGAUGACAACCCGUUCGGCGGAAGGAUCGUGGAGAACACUGUUUUAUCCUGUGCAAAAGUAUCGUAUUCGUAUAAAUGCAAGUCUUGCAUUAUCAUCCCAAGGCAAAAGACCAUGACAAAUUCCAUUUGUCAUGCUCAGCUAACUUGUAUCUAUUGCAAUUACUACUACUACGAUACUUUUGCAUUGCAUACGUCGGUGGUCUUUUCUCAGUCCAAGCGAUUCGAAAAGUAGGGCCGAUUAACGGCCCCCAAAGGUUUUCUCUACACAAGCGAAAAUUCCAAACCAAAGAAGAGACUGCGCGACGAGAGCAGUUCGAAGAAGUGCAGCGGAGAGAACCAAACUCCUUCAAGGCUUUUGAGGAGCAUACUACCUGCUGCGAAAUGCUCUGUUUGUCAAAACGGAAUGGGGGAGGGUUGGCGGGGGUCUGGAACUACAAAAUGGAACCGACAAUAUGUGGCUGCACGCCGCCGGCGCGCAGCCGCACAUCCGGCCUGGAUGGAACCCCAACGGCCUGCGUCCCGGAGACCUACGAAACUGCCGAGUCGGUAGCCCGCCACUGUUGCUUAAACCCGGUGCAUAACUGCUGUUUCUUGACGGUGUUCAGCCCCCCGUGUUGCGGGGGCACGCAGAGUGAGCUGCUGUAUGGUCAUUCGGAGGGCGAGGGGAGGUUAUGCAGCCCGACGCAUUUGUGCUUUCGCCCAGACGAGAACGCAAACUACAGUGCCCAGGUGUUGCAGGGAUUAAAUCGCUGGCGGUAUCGGGUUGGGGAUGAUGUUGGUGAAAGGCGACGACCUCGACCUGGACGAGACGAAAGACCGCAACAAGGAGACUCUGCUCGGGGCGACGGACUGCGGGAACAAGUGCAAGGCGGGGUGGGAGCUGCAGCAACAGCAGCUCCUGCUCCUGAUGGAGCUGGAGAGCAAACUCGGCACGAAGGUGGAGGGCAAGAUCGUGAAGAUCGGCAGCUUCAUCUCACAAAGGAGGAAAUUAUCGUUCUGGCCCCUGUCCUUACCGCGUUUCUGGACGAGCUGAAGGCAAUAUGACAGUGCACAACUCGUCCCCCUCCCCCUUACUUGUGUAGCAUGAACGGCAAUACAAGUGCCUGCCAGAAUGCAGGUUUUGCAUGCGAGAUUUCUUGCACAGGAUUGUAGUGCUAUUCGGGCUGCCAGAACUUGUCGUGCGAACAGUGCUAAGAGGCACGGCCUGGAUUGGGCAUUUUGCAUGACAAAUGAGGCGGAGGGGGAGUUGUGCACAUUCAUAGGCAAUCAUCCUGUACCAGCUGGCCGCGCGAGCGGUUUUCUCGCGCUUUAUCGGCGACUCAGUUCCGGGGUGUGUAGAGGCGGCGAGCUGUGGAAAGUAUUGCGCAGCUAGAAGUGCUGGGAAAAAUAAAUCGGAGCAAGAAUCUUUGGAAAAAGAAAAGCCGAAAAGUGGAACCCCGGUCGAAAAUACGAAUGGUCAACUACCGAAGAAGAAUUGUCUGCGAAAUAUUAACGGUGGCUGCUGUUCCAAAAAUGAUCUCCACGCCUGUACCACCGACCUGGCAAACACCUGCCUGUUUCAGACUUUUCUGUCCCGGCGAAAUUGCAGCUGCUAUUUGGUUCCCUGCGCUGUACUGCACGGUGGCCUUGGCACCUUGUGUGACCCCGCAGGUUGUGUAACCCGGUGUGGGGUCUGUAUGUUGAAAGACUGUUGCGCGCACGGCCUGUUUAUCGACGUCCUCGGGCCCCGGCUGAUUUCGAAAAUUGGGGUGAGGCAGCAACGCAUGCGGGACGUUUUGCGGAAGGUGAUGGAGAGUUUUGAUAGUGCAGCUCAGCAUCAAGUUGCACCACUGCCCAGCGGCGAUGGCGAAGGAGCUGCUCGUCAUUCUGCGCCGCGUGGUGGUCAAGAACAUCUCGUCGCUCCAUCACGACCUUCUUCUUCGUCUUCAGGACCAAGUACUUCAACCACCGAUGCCGAUCCGCGCUCAUCAUCGAAACCAGCAUACGCUGCGUUGCAAUGGCUGUUGUACCCAACUCUGCAAGAUCUUCAGCGAUACCAGGCGCGGAAUGGCGAAAUUGGCAGGAGCGUUCUGCUUAUCAACUGUAAAAGUGUCUGGGUCUGGAAGAUGCUGACACUUGUCAUGCACGUUUUGCAUGAGCCAUGAUGUCUGUGAUGCAUACCCUAGCAAUACAGAUUUUUUGAGGGCUUCUUGAUGCGUAUUCCGCAUGACAAAUGCCUUCUCAGCCUAGCAAAAACUGCAUUUCCUUCGGUACUCAUGCAAUACAGAUUUUUUUGGAAUCCAAAUGCAGCAUCACAAGUUGCAUUCUUCCAGACCCAGACACUUUUACACUUGAUACUGCUUAUGCGUUUGAAGAAAUGUGGCCGCAGCUCGUCCUGGGGGGUUCUCUGA